AUGAGGAAAGUUAACGCUGUAGGGGUAGCUAAGAGGAAUUUGAGUGAAGUUAAAGACAAAUGGCGUAACAUGUGUCGGGAGGCCAAAAUGAAAUUUACCGAGAACAGAAGACAGAUGACAAAGACAGGAGGAGGGCCUCCACCCACCCCUCUUUCCCAGACAAUGCAGGAUGUUGUCGACAUGUAUAAGGAUGCCAGUUCCUUCCAUGGGAUUGAAGGGGGCAUUGAAACCUCAAUGCCUGGCUGUUCUGUAAUAUCCUCAAUGGCAGUGUCUCCCACUCAGACUGUAACAAACAGGAUAACUAAGGAUCAUGAUGUGGACAUUUGGCAAGAUGCUUGUGAGGACCUUCCUGUGCCAUCCCAAUCUCCAGGAAGUCAUGCAUUCAUUGUCAUGGAGUCGACACCCUUAGAGGAACCCCUUUCCCCACCAAGACAACUAUGUGCCUCAUCUCUUACACUGAGCAUGCAGGCCAUCACCAUCUUGGCUCCGAUACCAACAGCCAAAGAAUUUACUGCAGUUAAAAUUGCCAGCAUACGGCCAAAGUUAACUAGUAAGAGCUUGGUAGCAUUGAGGAAAGAAAUUGUCAGCUUAUGA